AUGAACGAGUGCGACGUGGCUCUGUUGCUAUGUCAUAAAAGGAAGAGAGACGCGUGGAACACGGACGAGUCGGAAACGUGGGCGGAUCCGUCAAAACCUAAAAAACCAGCGUACGCGAAUGUAAUUUCGAAAAUAUCCAACACGCCGGUUAUUCAACAAAGGCAAUUGCUGUCAAAAUACGAUAUCGCGUUUAAAAAUUAUCAACCCAGCAUGCCAACCAUCGUCGAAGACGAAGAGGAGACUGACGCCCCGACGAUGUACGACGACGAACCCAUACGUUUGAUUGUUCAUUCAACUCAAUAG